UUCCCUCUGAAGCAAAAAACAUGAAAUUCUCAGAUAUGAAAGUUGUGGCCAAAAAUGCUGUGAGAGCUUACUUCGUAAGGAGUUGGUCAAUAGAAGACCUGAUGAAUAAUGGAGAAAUUCCCCAGCACGCUUACAAAAGCUUGAAGAAGGUAUAUCUUACUCUCUUCUUUGCCAUGUGGAGCUUUACUUUUGGAUCUUUCUUGCACUGGACCCGGGGAGCGGGAGGGCAGUUCACAGUCCUUUGUUCUGUAGCAAGUUUACUCUGUCUUUACUUUAUAUCACCAUUGAGAGUGAGGACGAGGGUCUUACUCUUGAUGAUUGCUGCCUUUUCCAUCGGUGCUUCUAUUGGCAUUUUUAUCAAAUAUUUCGUCGAUAUAGAUCAUGGCCUUGUUUACACCCUUUUGGCACCUCCAACAUUUGCCAUUGGAUUUCUGUGGUUUGGAUCGAUGUUUACGAGGGAAAGGAGUGAUAUCUACUUGGGCUGCGUGUAUUAUUGUUGGGCUCUAUGUUUCUCCACCUUUGUUGUUAGUAAUGCAGACUACAUUGGCAGCCGGGCAGCUCAUUUUAUGUAUAAGGUAUGCAUUGUGCUUGCUUUGUUCUUGGGGUACAUUGUGGUAUAUACCCAAGAGAUAUUGUAUGAUGCUCACUUUGGAGAAAUUAACUUUGUCAAUCGCACACUCACCAUCGUCUUCCGUUUACCGGGUAUAGUGGUCCAUGCUGCAAGACUAUGCCUAAUUCAGUGCAUAAUUGAGCAACACAGAUAGAAUCACAGAAGUAAUGCUGAUGCACUUGGAACUGUAGAAAUAUAUAGAAGGCAGAUGGGGAAUUUGAAAUUCGUUAGUGUGAAGCCAAGUGCUUUGAAUAUUAUAUUCCUUGGCAAAUAGUAAUUGUAUAUUCUAGCGUUCCCAUUUUUUUCACAAAAUUUUAGCUACGAGCUUUU